GUUUUAUGUUUUAAAACAAAAUAUCGAAUAGUUCUUCGUUGUAUUAACUAUAACAGGAGGCAAAUUAGAAGGAGCAUGCAUCGAUUUGAGCUUGUAUUUCUACUUAUGGUGGCAACAAUACUUCACCACUGUAGUGGACAGAAGCAGAUGCACUAUGACUUAUGUUUUGUACCUGAUUCACCAGUAUUUGUAAAACAGGAAAAUUAUAUACACAGUAAUUGGGAUUUCAGAGUCGAACGAUGCAAAUCAGCAAACAGUGUAUCGGUAGUAAAAAUUACCAAAAAUAAUUUGGCACUAAACAGCAGUCAUUGCAUGGGAUCUCUGAAAAUUGCAGUUGGAUCAAUCAACACAGAACUCUGUUAUUCCCAACCAAACGACUGUUUUCUUUUUACUUCGAAAAAUGUGACUAAUGAGUUUAUUACCGAGGGAUGUGGUAGAAUAUUUCCUCGUAUUGAAGAUAAUCUAUAUCCAAUAACUCUGACAUAUAAGACUGAGAAUGGUUUCUCUGACCAACUGCAAUAUUUUACUGUUGGGUCGAUGACAUACGAGAUGAUUAACAAAACAGGUGAUGAGAAAAAAAAUACCCAAGAAAACAUUCAUCAGUUCACAAACGCAACGAGACACAUGAAAAGAAAAUAA